AUGGGACUUACUCAUCAACGGGCAUGGAUGCAGAAUGGGGACCUUUCCACUAGCGCCGUCCGUCCAUCGUUGUACGCCCCACUUCUCACUGGCUCUUCGCUACAAGAAUUUUGUGCCAUGGGCAAGAAGUUUUUCAUCGGCAGAAGAUUCACAAAUACUCAUCUGGUGACCCUUCAUAAGCAUACGGAGUAUUCGUAUACUGCAGUCAACCGAUACGUUGUACACUGGCUGAGACGCGAUACGGUCACGUUACUCCCCGCAAUCCCACUGCGUAUUAUUGCCCUCACUGUUGAUACGUUUACCUCGAUUUAUACGAUGUCUCACGACGUCCAGAACAAUGCCCGCCAGCGCUUCUACCCGGGACAGCCCCUGUGCCCCCAGGCCAUGGCAGUCCCCCCGGGUAGUCCACUUCUCAUCCAGACCCCACCGCAGCCUUUCGUUGCCGGGGAUCUCUUCCCCUGGUUUCCCACAGAUGUACUCAAUAUGCCACUCCGCUCGGUGGCGAACGCCCAGCACUUCAUUCCCGCCAUCACCGCACCGCACGUCUUCCAAUGUCACCAGCGCAAUUCGCGAACUCGCCAGCAUGUCUCUGGACAGCAUCAGCCUGGCUACGUCCACGCACGACAGCCUGAGAAUCCUGCAGCCAGCCAUCAGCAAUCCCUACUCGCAGAAACCACUGAAUCCGUAUACAACCCUCAAUUUUAUGGUGGCGUUCAUGUCGAAAAUGUACCAGUUUCAUAUAAUAUCAAUCCAGGUCAGCACUAUGGACAGCUCCCGCCACCUGCUACAGACCCGUCACUCCUAGCUAUUUCUACUCCAGUCACUGCCCCUUCCCGCGCACCGUCAAUAACCUUUGGCCCUGCGAAGGCAGCGCAAGAUGGUACGUCCAGUGCUAUGAUCCAAUGCGGUACCAAGCGUGGCCGCGAGGUGGAAGGCGCGCCACAGGUGGUUGUGGCUACAGCCACUGAGAGUGCUCCCCCAAAGAAGAAGCGUCUCCGCACUAGCCGACGCAAAUACCAUGUACAUGUGAAUUCGCAGGCGCAUAUGGACAUGAAAUCCGGGGGAAAUCAACCCCCUUCGGCUAAGCCUCCUAGGCAAGGAACAGUGCAUCCCAUAUACCUCUACCUGGAGGAGGAAUCUGAGGAACAGCGUCCUUACCCAUGCAUAAUGGAAGGAUGCACAUACCUCAUUCCUCUUGGGAGAGCAGCGCCAUGGAAGCACAUGGAAGCGUGUCAUCCAGACGUUGCGCAGACAUGGAAGUGCCCGUGGCCUAGUUGCAAAGAUGAGGCGCCAAAAGUGUCAGGAGAUGCUUUCGGAAGACACGUACAGACAGCACACGCUCCCGUGCGCAUUUGGCAGUGCCCAAAAUGCUGGAAGAAAUCGAAGCCGAGGACCCGGAAAGAAUACUGGGUUCGACACUGCGAUAGCUGCAAUGCCUUAGGGCUGAGUGGCUCCGCCACAUCUACCUCAAAGCAGAGCAGUUCGAACGUUAUCGAUAAGCUGGAACAGAAUGGCUCGACGAAAGCGAGCCUGAAGAAGAGCAAGAAGGGGACGAAGACACAAGUAUCAGACGUUGCCUCGCAGCCUGCUACACUCAACGAGAAUGGCGAUGGUGGUUCUAAUGGCACCUGCGACUCCCUCGAGGCAACGAUUAUGCUGGCCCUCCGGCUUCUUGGUGUACUCGGGCCUGAAACAGAGUCCAUUGGGCCUGAAAAGAAUGGAAUAGAGUCCAUUAUAGAAGAAUCCCAAUCCCUACGCCCGGCAGAUGACCCUUUUUGGCUCAAAGACGGCGCUUCCCCGAUGCCACCAUCCUCGGGAGGGUGUUUACCGCCCGCUCCCAACCAGCACACUGCCACAUCCCGAUCGCGACCUUGA